AUAGUGAUUUUGGUGGUCAUUAUGUUCACCUCCGUUGCUUGUACCCUCCUGGUGAUGGUCUGGGACGCUCUGCUUCUUGCUAAGACGCUGGAGUAUCACAGUGACUCCUGCGACGAACGACAUUUCAUCACUGACAGCCUGACGUCCUUGUUGUGGUGCGUGGCUGUCCUCUUAUGUCAAGGUGUGCGUUGGGUUUACAGCGCGACUUCAUUGCGGAUAGUGGCCGGUAUGUGGUUCAUGACCACUCUCAUCAUAGCCACAGUCUAUCGCUCCAAUCUGAAAGCUAUGUUAAUAAUGCCGCGCAUCCAGCUGCCCUUUGAUAACCUACAAGAGUUACACCAAUCCCGGUAUCCUCUGUAUACCACCAAGACCUCCGCCACUCACAGAGCCAUAGCGAACGCUCCAGACGACUCCCCGCUGGGCCUCCUCAAGGGACAGAUAGUGACGCCAAAUCAUGAGAUGGUGAUGGCGCGGCUAUUUUACGGCGGUCAUGACAUCGCCAUUGCUGGAAUGAGCUUUUCUUUUAGGCAUCAUAUGAAUACUGCUUUUUCUAUGUUUGGAUUUUGUUAUGAGUACGUCAUGCAAGGAGACCGACUCCUUGAGGGACUCAGUCAGGCACUCGGCUUCCCUAAGGGAUCACCACUGCGGCCUAAAGCAGAUGUCGUCAUCCUUCGCCUGCUUGAAGGCGGCCUCAUCAAUCAUCUGGUUUAUCGCGCGUUGCCCAACAGCUCCCAUUGUUUCGGGCCCAUCAUCCAGGACCUUUCCUCCACCAAGCUGCGUGCGCAGGGCCUCCAGGACUUCUAUGGCGUGUUCUCUGUCUUUGCUGGCGGACUCUUCAUAGCAGUUCUGAGCUUCUGCGUGGAGGUCAUGACGUGUCGCCGACGUCGUAUCAAGUGUUGAAGGAAACCACCCAUCAUAAGGAAUCGCGAA